CUGCUGCCGAGUUUAAAUCCGUGUGCCCUGGGCCCCGGCGAACAUGUCUUUCGUGGACACCCUGCGGCAGUGGGACGAGGCUGUGACCUGCGCCGACAGACAGGACUGGCAGGAAGCCCUCAGCAUCUUCCUGUCCAUCCAGGAACCCAACUCCAAAAUUUGUUUUGACAUCGGCUGCCUCCACCUUCUCAACCAAGACCUGGACGCUGCUGAAAAGGCGUUUGACUCCAGCAUUCGUAAGGAUGAGCAUUUGGCAGUCGCCUUCUUUCAAAGAGGAAUCACCUUUUACAAACAGAAGAGGUAUGAGGAGAGCUCAGCAGAUUUCCAGAGAGCUUUUAAAACUCUCCGAAACAAUCAGCUGAUCGAUUACAAGGCACUCGGUCUCAGAUACAUCCUAUAUGCAUGUGAGGUUCUCCACAAUAUAGCUCUGGCUGAGGCUCAGCUGGGCAACUGGGAAAACGCCCAGAAAAACCUGGCAAAGGCCCUCGACUAUAAGACAGAGGCCAAGCUCAGCGUCAUCGACAAAGCUCUGCAGGCAACUCUGAAACGGAAGCUUUUCAAACUAGUCGAGUUCCCUUCAAAGACUCUGUUCAAACCAAACAAGCACUACGUAGCAGAGCUGGAGAAGAAGGACUAUCUGGGCAAAGCAAAGGUCGUUGCCUCCGUCGUUCCACAAGAUGAGUUCUCUGGAUUUGCCCCGCUGCAGCCGCAGGUGGAAGAUGGUCCAGCUGCUCCAAAAGAACCCGAGGUCCUGAGAGCGUUGGAAGGGGAGGCGCACACCGUGCUGUUUGAGUUUGUUCCAGAGACCAGCGAUGAGUUGGCUGUAGUGCCGGGCAACAUCGUAUUUGUGUUGCAGAAAGGGGCCGAUAACUGGGCCUAUGUGGUCUUCAAUGAACGGAAGGGACUCGUUCCGUACAACUAUCUGGAGCCAACCCUGGAUAUCUCCCUGGGUUCUAAAAAAAUCAAGCAGGGUGUGGCUCGACUUCACAGUCGAGAUCCUCCGAGAAUACCAGAGAGGAUUCAAGGUCUUAGUCCUGGCAGCACUCAACAGCAGCCAGAGGACAAUUCUUGUUUUGUCAAAAUCCGCUUCACCUUCAACUUUGCUGUCUUGGUGUCGUCUGGGUCUUCUUACGUGGUUCUGAUAGAGAAAAUCAGUAAGAAGCUGAACCUCAACUCUACUGCGAUCACCUUGAGCUCGGAUUCUCGAGGGAAAAAUCUCAUUGACAAUAACACUGAGAUGGAAGAUGUGUGGAGUCGUGCUCAGGGUGGGCGCAUCACCUUGUGGUGUACUACCAAAGAGCAAAGUGAUGGAAAGCUACAGAAGGAGGUUUACUUGGUGGCGCUUCAUUCCUACGAGUCUUCAAACCCAGAAGAUCUGAGCUUCCAGGAAGGAGAUAAAAUCAAAUUGCUCUCCAAAGUAAACCAGGAUUGGUUGGAAGGGCAAUGUAAUGGGAACACUGGUAUAUUUCCUGCAUCAUUUGCAGAAGAAGUUCCUGUGCAUGGACAAUAACUUUAUGCAAAUUUAUUAUAA